ACACGUGUUUUCCGAGUAGUCGGACACAUGCGGAUGGUAAGAUGGCGACAGACGGAGGCCAAGCUGCGCUACCCUGCGCCUUUAGCACAAAAUCACGCCAGUUUCUUGCCCUCUGCGCACAAGACGGACGAUUGCGGAUAUGGAAUACCGAGAGUAAAACUCUACAACAAGAAUACGUGCCUUCAGCGCAUUUGAGCGCAACUUGUACAUGUGCGACAUGGGGACCCUGCCGAGCGGUUCAGGAAUUGCCACAGAGGAAGAGGAGAAAAUGUGAGGCUGGAUCAGCAUCAGAGCAGUCAGAUCUCUUGGCACUGGGCACUGCUGCUGGGUCUGUCCUGAUCUACAGUACAGUAAAAGGAGAUCUCCAUUGUACUCUGAAUGGAGGACACAGUGGGCCAGUAAACAGUGUGCAGUGGCAUCCAGAUGACUCUUUGUUGUACAGUGGCUCAGAUGACACCCACAUAGCUGAGUGGGACCUGCAAACAGGAAAAGUUUGUUGUAAAUGGAAAGCGGACCGAUCGGCUGUCAGUAGCUUGUGUGUGAGUCCAGAUGGAAAGCUACUGCUUUCUGCAGGAAUGACCAUCAAGAUGUGGAACCUGGAGACUAAAGAAGUAUACAGAAAGUUUACAGGUCAUUCUACCAUGGUUACGACUCUGGCCUUUGCCACAACACGACCCCCGGACAGCAAUGGAUUGUACUUCCUGUCUGGUGCAGCUUAUGAUAGGCUCCUGAGUGUGUGGCAGGUGCGGUCAGAUGGCAAAGACAAGAACUCUGUGGUUUCUUUUACACUGACAGACGAACCACAACACAUAAACCUUCAGACAUCCAAGAGCAAAGAUGAGGCUGUGAGGUUAUCAGUGGUUUGUAAAGACGGUCAACUUCAUCUCUUUGAGCACUUUCUUAAUGGACCGUGUAAGAAGCCACUGACACCGGCUUGUUCACUGCAGGUGUCCACAAUGAAAGGAGAAUCACCUGUACUCAUUCCUCUGCUAGCAGCAGCUCUCUGCUCAGACAGACAGAACUUGAUGUUGGCAUAUGGAAAUCACCUGCAGCCCGUAAUAGAGAAAAUUCCAUUUAACACAUCGGAAAGAUAUAUUUGCUUAGUCAGAGAUGUACAAGCCACACUUUCUCUUUCUGUAGACACGGCUGUCUCCAAGGUGAAGACACCACUUACUAAUAAACAAAAGAGCAAAGUUUUGAUACCCGGACUUCCAGGCCACAAGGCACCAAUCAAAUUAACUCCCAAUGAAACGGAGAAAAGGAAAAAAGAGCCAAGUACCACAGAGAUGUCUAUAGAGGAGCGUUUGGAGCAGAUUGAGUUGAAGGUUUGUGGGAAAGGGGCCAGUAAAGGAUCAGCUUCCCUGCAGACAGACAGCUUUGCUGUGUUACUUGUGCAGGGCCUAGAGAGCAAAGAUGAGAAGAUCUUAAAUAAAAUAUUUCAAACCAAAAAGGAAAUGUUGAUCAAAAACACUGUGGCCCGAAUACCACCUACAGCUGUCCUGCCAUUACUGGAAGAGUUGUCCAGAAGACUCCAGGGACAUCCAUUUGCGGCUCUGCUUAUAGUUCAGUGGUUUAAGGCUGUACUUACACAACAUACAUCAUACUUGUCUUCGCUGCCGGAUUUGGUGUCUCACUUGGGGUCAGUCUACCACAUUAUCGAGAGCAGAGUGAAGUUAUAUCAGCAGAUUACCAGACUGCAUGGCAAAAUGUACCUGCUCAUGACACAGGUGGCGUCAAGUGGCAGUGCGAACCAAGUUGGUGAAAUUGAUCACACAGCAAAGCUGGUUUAUGAAGAGGAGUCGUCAACUGAGGAUGAAGGUUCAGGAGAUGAAGGACGUCCUGAAGAUGACUCCGAUAAUUGGGAGGAGGACGAGGCAUCGAUGGAAUUGACAGGGGAUAAAGAGAACCAUGCAGAUGAGGAAGACGAUGAUGAAGAUAUGAAUGAUGAAUCAAAAGCUAGUGGGGAUUCGGAUAUAGACCCUGAAAAUGAAAGUGAAGAGGAAUAGGAUAAUUUCAGGCUGCAGGAUUCAAAAAGGACCUUUACAUUUAUAUAUGAUUUCAUUUUAGUUUUCAUUAUUUUAGAUUUUAAUAUCACAAAAUGAAAGGUUAUGUUGUAUAGAAAUUCAAUGACCAUUGUGGGCUGGACUUCAGCUCCACAUGUUAAGAGUGCAUACAUGUAUUUAAUGUACAUUUGGGUCAGUUUCUUCAACUUGAAAAUGUCUCAGAUUUUUUUCCCAGAAAAUAUGGAAUUUUGUGGGAUUACAAUCAAAUCCCCUUCUACUUCAAGUUUUCCAUCCUUAAGUGUGCAAUGUCUCCAUGGUUUGGCCAUAUAAUAUUAUCACAAGUACUUCCCUGAAAAUGUUCAUCAGUACUGUCAUUUGCUCACAUCUUUAGUUUAUCACUGUUCAUUGCUCUGUCAGUCAUUUCUGGUUUCCUUUGUCCUGUGUGAUUUUAUGUGAGGGGGUUUUCUAUUCAUUGCAGUCAUGUUAACUUCUACAUUGAAUAUGGAAAACUUAAAAAUAGAAUCCCAAUGGCGUGUACGUUUGUUAAUUAUACAGUGGUUGCUAUGAGUGUCAACCAAAAUUUUUCAGGCAACAAUAUGCAAACAAAAUAUCAGCGACUGUUGUACAGUUUAAAUGAAAUAAAUACCAUUUUGUUCUCA